AUGACGCCGAAUAUCGACGUCAUAAACACCAAAGUUGAUGGUGUUUAUGUCGUCGAAUAUCGACGUCUUGAGGAUCUAAAACUAUUUGUCGAAACAACUCUACAAAUAGAGGGAACUUGGUCAUCGCCGGGUGGUUAUCUCAAGGCAUUUAGCGAAGAUCCUGAAAGUGUUCUGAUUAGGUAUUAUACCGACACGAAAUCGUUGCUGUUUCAAGGCGAUCGAGGUAAGAAAAUCAAGAACUUUUUAAUCGGAAAGAUUGCGAGUAUUUCGCAACCCGGCGGAGAUAAACAUUCUUCAAGGUCAAGCGAGCAAAAUAGUACAAGUAUACACGAUGAUAGCAUCGUAUUAGUUAACAGCCCAAGUCAGACGCUUAGUGAACGUCACGAUGAGGAUGAAUAUGCUCUAAAUUUAAGCGAGUUUGAAUCUGUGAACACCAUAUCGGUAGAUACUUCUAGUCAGACAUAUGAAAUAGAGUCGACUGAAUAUCAUUCAACUCGGGCUAGUCGAGAAUGCAAUUGCGCAUGCAGUCAAUCCUCUAAAGAUAUUGAAAUCCUUAAAUCUACAAUUACUAAGCUACAAUCGUCAAUUGACUCAUUCGAGAUUAUAUUGAAGGAUCAUGACUCAGUACUUUCCAUGUACAAUAGGGCUGCAGAUAUGAAUGACAAAUACUUAAAAGAGAUAAAUGAGAGUAAACAGCAUAUAGUAUAUCUCGAACAGAAAUUGCUUGAGACAAGUCAAGAAAGAGAUUCUCUACAAUUAGCUACUAGGCUUAUUGCCCAGGACAAAUACUGUCAUCAUCAUACAAGACAGAAUGAGGUAGCUGAAACCGCUGCUAGAAAAAACGAUAAUGUUUGGCAGAAAGUGCAUAAUACUAAUAACAAUGGUGUGUAUCAUAACAAGCAAACUAAGCAAUUAACAAGAACUGACAUUGGCACCGCAAACAGAUUUGAAUUAUUAAUUAACGAGGAUGGAAACAAUAGCUGUUGUGAACCGGAACAGGAACACAAUCACAAGAGCUCACAAGCAAGAAAUACACAAUCGACUCACGACCCCAGCGAUCAUUCCCAACUAGACAGUAAUGAUGAUCAAUCCGCUCAACACGUCAGGUCUCCACAACAAACAUCCACCUCUAGUUCUCUUUCCAAACAAACCCCAAAUAGGGGUCUGAAUGGAAAGCAAGGUGGUAAACGGCAUAAUGGCGAUCGUAAGAAUCAAAAGUCUGGACACUCAUCUCGCAAAGUAACUAUUGUCGGAGAUUCAAUGUUGAAGAACCUGAAGGGUUACAGGAUGUCUAAAGAAAACAAAGUCAAAAUAUCUACAUUUCCUGGUAGUACCACUAGAGAUAUGUACGACUACAUUAAACCUGUUCUGAGAAAGAAACCCGACCAAGUAAUUAUACACGUAGGUACAAACAGUCUACGAGAAUCUGAAAGCCCCACAUCCUGUGCAGAGGAAAUUGUUGAAUUAGCUAAAUCG